AUGGCGAAGCACGCACGUCGGGCAGAAGGUUGGAGUGUGCAAGGUCCUUAUGAUGCACGGGAACUCUGUUUUUUGAACACACCCCGACGUCCUGACUUCCCGGCCUUCAUGCUCGCUCACAGUUUGGUGAGCCUGCCACCACCUCAGAAACCCGAGGAGGUAAGGGAUGAUGUGGACCUGGAGCCAUGUUCUGAGAGCGCUUUUGAGGCAGGGCAGAUACACCUGCCGGGCUCACCUGGCAUGUCCAUGACCUGCCCACCCUCCACUCCCAUGGACUCGCAAGCUCUCGGCACGAACUCACCAGAGAUGGUUCCGGAGCCUUCGCCGCCCUCGAAAUCCUCGUAUUUCUGCGCUUCUUUGGACUCAGGAGGCAUCUUUGCCGACCUGCCUGAACAUGUGCCGCGAGCCCCGGACGGGAAAACUCACCAGCUAUACGUGCAAUACCUGGACCAGUACCUGCAGGACAUGCAGCAGGACAAGCGCGGCUUCAGACUUGCGGUGCUUCGCCGACGUCGGCGUGAUUUCCUGGCCGGCAGCUUGCAGGCGAGAUGUGCCUCGCUCUUGCCAAGCAUGUCUCGGCGCAGACUUGCCGCAGGGGCUGGCAUUUGA